UUUCUAGAACAACACAUGGCAUCUUUAAAUAUUGCAAAUUUUACAACCAAGACCUCUUUUUAUUAUGAUUGUAGGUUUAGAAUAUUUGUUUCAUCAACAAAAAGAAGAAAAAGAAGAUUUGAAGGUGUUAAUAAUAAUAAUAAUAUGUUAAAGAUGGAAAAUUUAACACCUGAAUUGAAAGAAAUACUUAAUGCCAACAUGGAUAACGUGCAAGAGAGGCGCCGUGCACGUGAGGCUUUUAAGGAUAUUCAGCUUAACAUUGAUCAUAUUUUAUUCAAGACAAAGUAUGUUGGAUUGAAGACAAAGGAGUCAUAUGAGGUGAACUCUAAGGGGAUUGAAAUUUUCUCAAAAAGUUGGCUUCCGGGGACAGGUUCUCCUAAAGCAGUGGUUUGUUACAGCCAUGGUUAUGGAGACACUUGCACAUUUUUCUUUGAAGGAGUUGCCAGAAAGUUGGCUUCAUCUGGAUAUGCAGUUUUUGCAUUGGAUUUACCAGGAUUGGGUCUUUCGGAAGGUCUUCAUUGCGAUAUUCCAAGCUUUGAUGGUCUAGUAGAUCAAGUCGUCGAGCAUUAUUCAAAAAUUAUAGAAAAUCCAGAAUUUCGUGAUCUUCCAAGAUUCUUGAUGGGUCAGUCGAUGGGGGGAGCUGUGGCUCUGAAGGUGCACUUGAAGCAACCUGAUGUCUGGAGUGGUGCAGUUCUUGUUGCCCCAAUGUGCAAAAUUGCAGAUGAUGUAGUCCCACCAUGGGCGGUAAAAAAAUUUCUCAUUGGUGUGGCAAAAGUCCUUCCAAAGUAUAAACUUGUUCCACAAAAGGAUCUGGGUGAUAUGGCAUUUAGAGACCCGAAAAAGAAGCCCCUGACAACCUAUAAUGUUAUUGCUUACAAGGAUAGACCACGUUUGGGGACGGCUCUGGAGCUCUUAAACACGACCCACGAGAUUGAAAGUCAACUUGAGAAUGUUUCAUUGCCAUUGUUGAUCCUGCAUGGGAAAGCUGAUGUAGUGACUGAUCCAGCAGUCAGUAAAGCUUUGUAUGAGAAAGCAAAGAGUCCGGACAAAAAACUUAAUCUAUAUGACGAUGCUUCUCAUUCCCUUAUGGAAGGUGAACCUGAUGAAAUCAUUCUUAGCGUUCUUCACGACAUUAUUACAUGGCUUGAUGAGCAUAGUGCUAAAAAGUAAACCAUUUAUCAAGAAGAAAAUAAAGGUCACAUUUUUGUUACAACUGAAGUACAAGAAAUUCUGAAGUGUAAAUUUUAUUUAAAAAAAUAAAUGUGGUAACGCCCCUUAAUUAUUUCUUUGUAAAGCAUAUAUUAUAUAUCUGUAGGUUCUUCCAUAGCAGUGUACAAUUUUUGUUGCACCA